CGCAUCGCGAAACAAAACACAGCAGUCCACCAAAUCGUGCGGUGUACAUCGACCGAGGUGAUUUUUAUCAAUUCUUUGGCUCGUUCAGAUGUUGUCGGUGUGAUUUGAAAAAACCGCGUUAGUGUCAAGUGCCAUUCUAUCCUCUAAAAGUUGGAUUACGUCCAAAAAAGUUUAUUUUAUUAAGGGACGAUUCUUACCACUAUGGAACGUCCCAGCGAUAUUGAGCUACGCAGAAGGCAGUUCAAAACGCAACCUUCUACACUAAAUUCCAGACGACAACAAGCGGUUUGCGUCAGGAGGGCUGUCAAAAAAUAUGGCACUAAAAGUAAUCCAUAUGUUAUAUUGGACAAUCUUAAUAUGACAGUUCCUAAAGGAUGUAUAUACGGACUUCUAGGUGCUAGUGGCUGUGGUAAAACGACUUUGCUCAAUUGUAUUGUAGGUAGAAAAAGACUUAAUUCCGGAGAAUUAUGGGUACUGGGUGGCACACCUGGUUCGAGAGGCAGCGGAGUUCCUGGACCGCGAGUAGGAUAUAUGCCACAGGAAAUAGCACUGUACGGCGAAUUCAGCAUCCGAGAAACCCUAAAAUACUUCGGCUGGAUAUCCAACAUGACCACAGACGAAGUAGAAGCCAAAGUUGAUUUUUUCGUCAACUUCUUGAUGUUACCGGACGCAGACAGGCAGGUCAAAAAUCUCAGCGGAGGCCAGCAGAGGCGAGUUUCUUUAGCAGCUACGCUUCUUCACGAACCUGAGCUGUUAAUUUUAGACGAGCCUACCGUCGGCGUCGAUCCAUUGCUGCGGACGAAUAUUUGGAACCAUUUGGUGGAAAUAACUAAAUUUGGUAGGACAACUGUGAUCAUUACCACGCAUUAUAUUGAUGAGACUAGACAGGCUCAUUUGAUUGGUCUUAUGCGUGGAGGCUACUUCUUGGCCGAGGAAUCCCCAGAACGACUGAUAAGACAAUUCGGGGUGGACAGUUUGGAAGACGUCUUCCUGAAACUCAGCGUGAUGCAAAACAUGGGAAAACGAAGACGAUCCAGUAUAGCAAAAAGUGUCGUCGAAACAAUAACGGUGCCUGAAAUAGGCGGAGCCGUUAAUCCUGCUGCUGUGCUGGACGAUGACUUGGGAGAGAUUUCUGGAGAGUUUGGGGACAGUGUUUCGAUUACCAGUAGGACAGGAAGAAGAGUUUCUAUUGCACCUGAACCCACAUCAGACAGCAAUAUUCCAGAACUACCACCAGACGAGGAACCGGAAGUAUCCUUUAAAGACUACUUUAAAUUUAUCAAAUUGCAUCACAUGCGCGCCUUGAUGUGGAAAAAUUUCUUGUGGAUGUGGAGAAAUAUUCCCAUGAUGCUGUUCAUUAUCGGUUUACCAAUAGGUCAGACCAUUUUGUUUUGUUUGACUAUCGGACAUGACCCUAUGGGAAUAAAAGUAUCGGUAGUCAACAAUGAGAUCAAUUUCCCGGAGGAGACUUGUCAUCAGCGACCUUUAAAUUGUAAUACUACAAAAAUAAGUUGUAAUUAUUUGGACGAAGUGGCUAAGGCUUAUUCUAUAACGUGGGAAUUUAUGAAAACGGAGGAAGAAGCAAGACAUAGAGUGGAACGAGGAAAAUCCUGGGGUGUGGUGGUCGUUCCACACAAUUUCACUGAUGCGCUUUGGAGCAGAAUUGAAAAUUCGAGAGAUACACCUCCAGAAGACAUAAUGGCUUCUACUAUCAGCGUCUAUGAAGAUAAAUCAAAUGAAAACAUAGCAACGUUUCUUACAAGGGAUAUGCUGUAUGGAUUCCUCACCUUUAUAUCUGAAUUUGUGAAAAGUUGUGGAUAUAAUGAAAAAAGUGUUGGAAUUCCUAUUCGAUACAAUCAACCUAUUUAUGGAUACCAAGACCCAGAUUUUACAGAUUUUGCAGCACCUGGAGUAGUCUUGACUAUCAUAUUCUUCAUGGCUGUUGCCCUCACGUCCGGUUCAAUGAUCAUGGAAAGGAACGAAGGAAUCUUGGAAAGAUCUUUGGUCAACGGCAUCAGUGGAACGGAGCUAUUGUUUUCGCAAAUUAUCACGCAGUUCGUCGUCAUGUUGGGACAGUCCAUCAUGGUACUUCUCGUCACUUUUAUUCUCUUCAGUUUAACGCAACGAGGAGAUUGGACGACAGUGACUACCUUGACUGUAAUGGCCGGUAUAUGCGGAAUGUGUUUUGGUUUCGUGGUGGCUUGCAGUUGUGAAAAUGAAAGAUCUGCUACUUACCUAGCCAUGGGGAGUUUCUUACCGAUCGUAAUGUUGUGUGGCAUCAUUUGGCCCAUAGAAGCCAUGCAUAGGUACAUAUCGUGGAUGUCAGUGGUGCUUCCUUUGACCCAAGCCACAGAGAGUUUAAGAUGUAUACUAGCGAGAGGUUGGACCAUCACUAAUCCCACAGUUUACAACGGUUUCAUAUCGUUGACCAUAUGGAUCUUUAUAUUUUUGACGAUCAGUAUUUUAUUGCUUAAAUUCAAGAAGGGUUAAAGGGCGACUUUUUCAUUAGGAGCGUUUAAUUUUGUACUUAAUUUUCUUCUAGUUGGUAGAUAAGUUAUUUAAUUUUUUAAAUGUUAAUAAAUAAUUUAGUUGAA